UCAAAAGAGCCCUUAGCAUCCCGCUGUUCUUUCUUUAAGGAAUAUUUAUAUAUUUUACAGCAACUUAAUUGCUUCUUCAGGGGAUAUCGGGACCACGCCGAACCAUAUGCAUGCUAACUAUUUGUUUUAUUAAAAUUUAUGAUUAAUUCGACAAAAUGCAUGGACAUUAAUAAGUAAUUAAUCAGAUUUUCUCAAGUGACCAUUUAAGUUUUAAAAUAACCAGAGGGGAAGCAGCGAUGAAAAUCGAAAUACUUAUCACGUUUGUAGUCGCUUUGCUGCCGCUGGCUGCAGUGACGGCGCAGAACGUCACGGUGCCGGACGACACGGCGCAGACCGACACGGUGCCGGUCAACACGGUUACGGCUGAUGACAUAGCUGACUUGAACGGUUGCAGUUACCACCAGUAUUACUCGUGCCACGAUGAGGCCUUAUGCAUUGACACGGCGGACGAGCCAGGAAGAUGGAAAUGCGUUUGUCAAGGGGACCUAGAAGGGGACGGGCUGAAAGAGGGCACCGGAUGUGGACCACGCUCCUGUCGGUUCGCCUCAGAGUGCCACAAGCUAGCCAACUGUACGGAAAUGGCGGGCUGCGAGUGUCUGUCGGGAUAUGAAGGAGACGGAUGGGACGAGUGUCGGGACGAAGACGAGUGUGUGGACUUACCCUGCAGCCAGUAUGCCUUGUGCGAGAAUACGGACGGAGGGUUCAGAUGCACGUGCAAGAUGCAGCUGGGAUACGUUGGAGACGGGUUUACCUGCCAUCACCAGUGCAGCGUGGACUACGACUGCGGGGCCAACGAGAAAUGUAGAGCGGAAGUGUGCGUCUGUGCGCCCGGGUACGAGGCGGGGGAUACCGGAUGUGUAGAUGAGAACGAAUGCGAGGCUAAUCCGUGUGACGGCAACGCUACUUGUGUGAAUACCAUUGGUUCGUUUGUCUGCACGUGCAAGAAUGGUUUCGCUGGUAACGGAGAGGAAUGUAAAGCCCUGCCCCGGAACUGCCACGAGGUAAAGAUCGCGCUUCCUGGAUCCCGCUCCGGGAAGUAUACCAUCGACCCAGACGGAACCGGGGACAUGGACGCCAUUGAGGUCGAAUGUGAGAUGAGACCGGCAUUCGGUAUUACCAUCGUCAAGCCAAUAGAGACCAAACACGUCCGCUACACACGCCGGGAUCCGAAUACCACGUACGAGUACACACAUCCUGUGGAGGACAUUAAAGCCAUCAUCGCCACUUCCGGUUUCUGCUACCAAGAGAUGACGUACGAAUGUUAUCAAGGUGCCCAGCUCAUGGACGGUGACGACUUCUGGGUCAACGGAAACGGAGAGAAGGAAGUCAACUGGGGAGGGGCAUCCAUAUCCGGCAUGUGCGCGUGUGGGCAGCUGGGAUACUGUGAGGACCGAAGCCAAGCUUGCAACUGCGACGGAUUUCCAAUAAAACGGAUUGACGCCGGGAAGGUUGUGGACAAGGCGCGACUUCCGAUACUCGCCGUCAACAUCCACCCGGGGGACAAGGGCUACGGGUUUGUGCUGAUAGGAUCCGUCAUGUGCGCACCCACACCCUUUGACAUCCCGAUCAACUGCCACGACGCCAAGUUCAAUCCCCUCUACAAUAAAAGAAAGAAUGGACCUCAGGUUCUAGACUUUGACGGCCCUGAUGGUGCUCUAGAUCCGGUCCUCGCGCACUGUGAUAUGGAGACGUGGAGACACGUGGGCGUUACCGUCAUACCGCACUCAAGGUCCCAGCCAACCACCCCGAACUCUACAGACCCGAUCCCCCUCGAAUACGUGAUCGGCACCCUGGAACUGAACGCUCUCAUUGACGUGUCCACCAACUGUAUGCAGGAGGCCGAAUAUGAAUGCACGAACUCCCGUUUGAUGAACAACGGUGACCGACGAGGCUGGUGGACGGAUAUUAACGGACGGAACAGGGAUUCUUGGCCCGGGGGGCUGGGAGAGUCAAACAAGUGCGCAUGCGCCAUCACAAAAACAUGUGCUUCCGACUCUUACGGGUGCAAUUGUGACGUAAUGGACGGUAACACACGGAAGGACUUUGGACGCGUGUACGAAAAAACGGCGAUAGGGGCCGUCACGUUCCUGGACGUUGGCGGAGAUAGCCGUGGAGCCUUUUCCGUCGGUCCGCUUAUGUGUGCGGACAGGGAGUUUGGUAUCCCAGCCACGUGUCAAGAUUACGUAGCGACUGGUUACACGGACAGCCACACCUACAUCGUGGACCCAGAUGGACCUGCGCCCAAAGGGUCCCUUGACCCUUUUCCGGUAUAUUGUGAGAUGACAGGGGAGCCGCUGUACGCUAUCACCAUUAUAUACCACUCGGAAGAGUUUGAGGUUACACUGACGUCAGCUGGCCAGAUCGUGUACAAGUAUCUCCGAGUGACAUUAGCGCAGAUAGACGCCCUCGUGACGCGGUCAGUCACUUGCUCACAGACCGUCAAGUACACGUGCACAAAGGCUCCGCUGCAUGCUGGUGGCGAGUCCCUGGUAAGCUGGGAAAGCGGUGACGGCCGGACGAUGUCCUAUUUCGCAGGAGACGGUACUUCCGGUUCUGUCUGCGCAUGCGGAAUGACCGAGCCAAGCAGUUGCACCGGGAGAGGGGAUUGCGAGUGUGAUAUGGCGGACGCUGUGACAAGAGUGGACGAGGGUUUGCUAAUAAACAAGAAGGACCUUCCGGUCGCCUCUUUGAACGUAACGGGCGUCGGUGGCAUCUCUGGACAGGCGGGUGUCCUUGUCGGGCCUCUCAUGUGUAAAGACCUGUUCCCGAACUGCGCGGAAAUGUUCAUAUUUAAGAAGAACAAGCGUCUAGAGAGCGAAAACUCAAUGGAGAACGGGGCCUACCCGGUGGACCCUGACGGCGAGGGCGGCGUGGAACCUUUCCUUGUACGGUGCACGAGCACCGAGACUACUGUACCAGUCGUAGUUGUUCCUAAUGACCCCACUGACGGUAACCCAGACGGGCCAGUGUCCAAGUGUCACGAGGUCAAGUACAUGACCAAUGGUGUGCCUGUGUCUCCGGAACAAGUCCAGGCGCUGGUGGAGAGCAGCGAGUACUGUGCACAAAGUCUAGAACAACAGUGUUUGAACGCCCCGGUCACUGGACAUUCUAACUUUACCACUUGUGACGGACAACCACAGUCAGGUUGGUCCGGAAGUCGCGGAGAAGAACAGUGCGCAUGCGGUGUAACCGGCGCAUGCGCGGGUGGACCGGAAUCACUGUGUAACUGUGACCUUGAGGAUGGAGUGCAGCGGAAGGACGGUGGCUGGGUCGUCAACAAGGAUAGACUAGCAGUGUGUGAGGUGUGUGUUUCCCUGGAUUCAACCAGCAGCUUGACCUCUGACCCGAAAACCCGCAGGGUCAGGCCCGUAAUCUCUGACCUUUACUGUGGUAACAAACCAACCGGUCGUGGGAAGACAUGUCAGCAAUGGAGAGACGAAGGCAAGACGGAAUCAGAAGCGCUCAUGAUUGACCCUGACGGCAGCGGACCCUUGGAGCCAGUUCCGGUCCACUGUGUCCUUCAGACUUACCCACCCGCUGGAUGGACGGAAAUUAUUCCAAAAACACCGGAAAUCGAAGUUCCGGAAGAAGGAACUAACGUCACCGUUGAAUAUUACGUGUAUGAGAUGAAAGUCAUCUACGAACUGAUCGCGCGUUCCCGGUACUGCACUCAGGAGCUUGUGUUACACUGUGUGGACUCGGGGCUCGAACUGGGCGGGGUGUACGGAUGGUAUUCCCAGGAUGGGGUGGUGCAGGAAAGCUGGGCGGGGAACAAUGAAGGGACCCCUGGAUGUGCUGGCGGAGAAUGUCAAUGUAACCUGGCCGGUUUACGAAAGGACGGAGGAAACAUCACUGAUGGGUCUCUACUUCCAGUAUCGCGCGUUGUGCUGGGACCGGCUCCGGGGACAAGGACCAUGAAAAUAGGGGCUGUAAAAUGUUUUGAUGUGUACCGCGACUGUGAAGACAUCCGUGCGAACAACGCCAGGACCAACCCUCUUCGUAACAACGUGUACGCCAUUGACCCGGACAUGUCGGGAGAGGUAGAGAUGUUUGCUGCUACGUGCGACUUUAUAACGGACAAGGACAUCGGCAUCACUGUCAUUCCGAUCAGGAUACCGGAAGACACAUCGGUACGGUAUCGAGUAGAGCCCGGAAGUUACAAGGUGUCCCUCGUGUACGAUGGCGCCACCCACAUCCAGAUACACACACUUGCAACAAUAUCCGGUUUUUGCCACCAGGGCAUCCAGUACGUAUGUUACAAAUCCCCUCUCAUCAAUGGGAACAGUCCAGCCCAGAGUUACUACACCACCUACGGGGGAGCUUCCUCUCCAAGCUGGGGCGUGGCUGGGCACCCUGAUGUUUCGGGAUGCGCGUGCAUGGCCACAGGCACCUGUCCACCAGGGCAUAGUUGCCACUGCGAUUCUAUGGGGUCAAUGACUGUUGACUACGGACAUGAAACUGAUCGACAGGUCAUGCCGAUUGAGCAGCUGAACUUUGGUGGUCAGUUAAACGACUCCUCCGCGCUAUUUGACGUCACAGACGUGAGGUGUGCGCCAAAACCGUUUGAUUUGCCAGAAGAUUGUCAAGACGCUUACGAACGGGGGUCCCGUACAGGAGAACAUCUCAUCUGGCCCUCAACAGAAGUGGAACCAUUCCUCGUUUACUGUGACAUGGACAUUCUCCCAGACGGAGGGGUCACCAUUAUCGGUCACGACCGUGAGAGCGGAUCUCCGGUGACGUUUAACGUAACGGAGAAAGUGACGUACAAGGACGCCGACGAUGAGCAGGUGGAAGCUGUGACGGACGUGUCAAACUUCUGCUACCAGCCGUUCAGAUACGAGUGUCAAAACACACGGCUGUUGAGCAGGGACGGGUACUUCACGUGGAUAGGCGGACUUGAUAACGCCCCACAGUCGUACGUGGGUAGCGGGAGGCCUUUUGCCCAUGAGUGCAACUGUGGAUUGGAGGGGCUGUGCGGCGGAAGUGAGGACAAGGAGACCCUCAAGGCCACGGGGAGAGCGUGCAACUGUGACGCCGCUGACGACGUUUUACGGGCGGACGCGGGUGUCUUUAACAGCUCCGUGCGACUUCCGGUGCGCGAACUAACGUUCACAGAUCCGGAACUCGCGGGGGCAUAUGGCUACUUGGUACUAGGGAGACUGUACUGCUCCAAGCAAGACUUUGACAUUAAUGAGUGUCGUAGCGAGUUCCACGACUGCCACGACCACGCUAGCUGUAUCAAUACACAUGGCGCGUACGACUGCUACUGUAAGCCGGGUUGGAGAGGGUUGGGGCGUCCAGACGUCUGGGCGAACGGCAGAAACUGCUACGACGAUGACGAGUGUGCAAUGAACCAAUGCCCGUGGAGCGCUGACUGCGAAAACCUUCCCGGAACCUUUGAAUGCACGUGUAAACCGGGCUUCCGGCAGCUUGGGCCACGCAAGUGCGAAGACAUCGACGAGUGUGCGGAAGGGACGCACGAGUGUCACGCCAACGCACGCUGUUUCAACCUGGCCGGAAGUUACGACUGCAGAUGUGACCGGAACUUCCGAGGAGACGGAUUUACGUGCGAACCCCUUGCGUUGUGCACGUGUUUUGGUGACCCUCACUGUAUCACAUACGACACGCGGCUUAUUACGUACCAAGGCACGUGUCAAUACGUAAUGGCUCGUGACACGUGUGAUGAUUACGAUACCACGCCCAGUUUUGAAGUUCUUGUCACGUUUGAAACACGGGGGAAAGUGAAAGGGCCCGCGUCGUGGGUAAAGGAAGUUACGUUCAACAUUUAUGACUACUCCAUUUUGCUCCUGGCGGGCGGUGAGGUGAGAAUCAAUGGACGGACUGUGAACUUGCCGUACAGACAACUGAAAGUGAACAUCGCUAAAUAUGGGAAAUAUGUCGUCGUAUACACCGAUAUCGGUGUUGAAGUGAGUUGGAACGGCCAGGCUGCCGUGGAGGUCCACACACCCGGAACGUUCGCCAACACCACGUGCGGUUUGUGUGGAAACUACAACGGAGACCCCGCCGACGACCUGACCGUAGGGCCGCAGUGUCCCGACGACGAGGGGAAACAGGCCGAAAAUGUGAACAGAUUCGGCAACUCGUGGGUAGUUCCUGCAUGGGUGGCGGAGAAUCCCGAGUGCGCUUCAGACUGUUCCGCUCCUCCCGACCCCGGCCUUUGUAAUGGCACUAACCUAGAGCAGGCCAAAUUCACGUGCGACAAGAUUUGGGACACUAACGGGCCUUUUCAGGAAUGUAUAUCUGGUAUGGACGAAACGGCAAUUGAGAUGUACUAUACAUCCUGUCUGUAUGACAUGUGUCAAGUCGAUGGCGACAUUGAAGGUGCAUUUUGUAACGCGGCGGAAACGCUGGUUGACACAUGCUUGCGCGUCUACAAAUCGCCAGUGAAAAGUUUCCGGAGCAAGGGUUUCUGCGAACAUACUUGUGGAGAGAACAUGGAGUAUAAAAUAUGCGGACCCCUUGGUGAACCCACGUGUGCUGACUUCCGAUCUGGCACAACUCCAGGGGAGAACGGUACCUUGUCCGGCGGAGAUACGGAUGGAUGCCAUGAGGGAUGCUUCUGUAAGGAGGGGUACAUGCUAGAUGGGGAGGAUUGUGUACCGGAAGAGGAAUGCGGCUGUGUCUUCAAUGACCAAUACUACAGUGUCGGAGACGAGUUUGUGGUGGAUGGCUGUGGGUCCCGGUCGGUUUGCCAGCCGGGUGGAAACAUGCCCGAGGAGGGAGUCACGUGCCAUGAGAACGCCACGUGCGAUCUCCAGGACGGACGGUACGGCUGCCACUGCAGGGAUGGUUUCUAUGGGGACGGCGUGCAUGUUUGUGUUGAGGACCCGUGCGAUCCGGACCCCUGCGGUGAGAAUGAAGUGUGUAUUCGGACCCCGGAAACAGACAAGCUGUACGUAUGUCAGUGCGAGAUGGGCUAUGAGGGAGACUGCGGGAACUGCACAGAGAUAGACGAAUGUUUGACGGCGACCGACACGUGCCCCCAGAAUGCCCGUUGUAUUAACACCGAGGGCUCGUUCGAGUGCGAGUGCUUCGAUGGAUUUAUAAUGAGCGCUGGGCAGUGUGAUGAUGUGGAUGAAUGUAAACUAGCCUCCAAGAACACGUGUGGGAACAACAGCAAGUGUUCGAACAAGCCAGGCGGGUUCGAAUGUCCGUGUUGUGCCGGCUUCGAGAAGGACGACAAUGGGGAAUGUGUUGCUACCGAAGGUCCAGGAGCAGCCAAUUCGCCCGUGUGUUGUGUUUGUGACGCCGCGAUCUGUGAUGAGCCGGGCAAGGUAUGUGGUGAGGAUGGCGUCACCUACGACAGUAUCCGGGAUAUGGUCAUCUCCAACUGUGAGGCCGGACGUCAACCUAGGAAUUAUGUAACCAUUGACUACAAGGGAAGAUGCAAGGACUCGUGUUCCAAUGUAGACUGCCCUCUUUACCAGAACUGUGUGAAGUCCGAGGAGACGGGGAAGCCAACUUGUGUGUGCGACCCGUGCACUGCCACUGAGGUCGAGUCAGAGGAGAAAGUGUGUUCAUCAAGCCUAGUUAUUUACCCGAAUAUGUGCGUGUUCAAGCAGAUACAGUGUAUGAUGGACUGGGAGUCGGUCCCAGAGAGUGAUCUAACGCCGUGCGAGGAGGCACAAGGGGAGUCACCAGUGGGACCAUGGAGUGACUGGGGUCCAUGCAGCGUGACAUGCGGCAAAGGUGAAAGUUCAAGGACGCGACCCGAGUAUCGCCCGGGCCAACCGUAUGAUACAGUACAGACAGAGGACUGCUAUGAAGAUCCCUGUCCUGAUGGUCCAUGUUUCAAUUUUGACUGUAACAACGUCGCUGCCGAAUGUGUCGUCAACGACGAAGGCGAUCCGGAAUGUGAAUGCCCCAAAUGUACGGACAUCGGUGUGGACGAAGUGUGUGGGUAUGUAUCGGGUGUGCGGGGAGGUGCUAAGCCGGGCACCUGGCAGUCCGAAUGUCACCUGAGGAAGUUUGCCUGCGAGAUGAACGUGCCGGACUUCGAGGUCAUGCACCCGGGAGUCUGUGGAGUUAAGCCCCUGAACUGCACGCGUGUACCGCACAUGGAGGUUGUCCACAGCGCAAAUGACACUGAAUACCGGUCACUCAAAAGCGUGCAGACGUUCGCGUGCGAGGGCGGCUGCGGGCACAACAAGGAUCAGUGUUGCCAGGCCAGCAAGACCGAAGGCGUCACGGUCAUCAUGAAAAACCUUGUAAGCGACUUGAAGGAAGAGGAGGUUCAAAUUAUAAGGGAAUGCGAGUGUGUCGAGAUAGAAAAUGGACGUAAAUAACUCUGGGAGCGAUUUACAGAAGACUGCUAACAUUCAAUCAUUAAAAACUCAACAUUUUGGAUCAAUGGUUUUUAUUUCUUUAAAGUUUUAAAUAUGCUUCAAGAAUUUAAGUUUUAACUGCUGUGAUUCCAGUGGACAUUUAUGCGCAUGUGUAUCGUUAAUACUGUUGACUUCAACUCCGUUGUUAUUUAGUUGUUAAGUUUAGUUGUGUUCCACCUAAUAAAAGUAUCCAUUA